CAGAAGCGCGUCGGGCGGCCGGAAGGAACCCUAGCUCUCGAGGCCGCAUAUAUAAGGAACCCUCGCUGGCCAAAGCCAAACCCCGCACACCCCUUCAACCCCGCCGCAGCCGCCGCUCCAACUGUUCUCUUUGAGCAGUUCAAGCUUGAUCCUUAGCCAUGGGUAAGGAGAAGACCCACAUUAACAUUGUGGUCAUUGGCCACGUCGACUCUGGCAAGUCGACCACCACUGGCCACCUGAUCUACAAGCUUGGAGGUAUUGACAAGCGUGUGAUCGAGAGGUUCGAGAAAGAGGCUGCUGAGAUGAACAAGAGGUCCUUCAAGUACGCCUGGGUGCUUGACAAGCUAAAAGCUGAGCGUGAGAGAGGUAUCACCAUCGAUAUUGCCCUGUGGAAGUUCGAGACCACCAAGUACUACUGCACGGUCAUUGAUGCCCCCGGACACCGUGAUUUCAUCAAGAACAUGAUUACUGGUACCUCCCAGGCUGACUGUGCUGUUCUCAUCAUUGACUCCACCACUGGUGGUUUUGAGGCUGGUAUCUCCAAGGAUGGCCAGACCCGUGAGCAUGCUCUUCUUGCUUUCACCCUUGGAGUGAAGCAGAUGAUCUGCUGCUGUAACAAGAUGGACGCCACCACUCCCAAGUACUCGAAGGCCCGUUAUGAUGAGAUCGUGAAGGAAGUCUCUUCCUACCUCAAGAAAGUUGGCUACAACCCAGACAAGAUUCCCUUUGUCCCCAUCUCUGGUUUUGAGGGUGACAACAUGAUCGAGAGGUCCACAAACCUUGACUGGUACAAGGGCCCUACCUUGCUGGAGGCUCUUGACCAGAUCAAUGAGCCCAAGAGGCCCUCGGACAAGCCCCUGCGUCUCCCCCUUCAGGACGUGUACAAGAUUGGUGGUAUUGGAACUGUGCCUGUGGGCCGUGUGGAGACUGGUGUCCUCAAGCCUGGUAUGGUUGUUACCUUUGGUCCCAGUGGCCUGACCACUGAGGUCAAGUCUGUUGAGAUGCACCACGAGGCUCUACAGGAGGCCCUUCCUGGUGACAAUGUCGGGUUCAACGUGAAGAACGUUGCUGUGAAGGAUCUCAAGCGUGGUUUUGUUGCCUCGAACUCCAAGGAUGACCCUGCCAAGGAGGCCGCCAGCUUCACCUCCCAGGUCAUCAUUAUGAACCACCCAGGCCAAAUCGGCAACGGCUACGCUCCAGUGCUGGACUGCCACACCUCCCACAUUGCUGUGAAGUUUGCUGAGCUUCUGACCAAGAUUGACAGACGAUCUGGUAAGGAACUUGAGAAGGAGCCGAAAUUCCUGAAGAACGGUGAUGCUGGCAUGGUGAAGAUGAUUCCCACUAAGCCCAUGGUUGUUGAGACCUUCUCUGCUUACCCUCCUCUCGGUCGUUUCGCCGUCCGUGACAUGAGGCAAACAGUUGCUGUUGGAGUCAUCAAGAGUGUGGAGAAGAAGGACCCAACUGGUGCUAAAGUGACCAAGGCUGCUGCCAAGAAGAAAUGAGGGGUUUGGUUGAACCAGUCAGUUUACUUACUUUUAAUCUAUCGUAGUAAAUUUUAGUGUCGGUUAAGUUUUGUUCAGGGCCAUUUCUCUGUUCAGGGCCAUUGCUCUUGCUGGGCCCUGCUGGCAAUGUGUUCUGUUUGAUGUCGUUUAAAUACUGUUUCGGCUUUGACAGAAAACCCGGAUGCUUUUGAGGUUUAUUCAUGUUACUAUCGGCUGUGGAAUACUUUCGUUUGAUAUGUCGGUCCGUAGAUUGAUAUGAAUGGAUGCAAUUUAUGAAUAUUUUCUGA